AUGGCCACUACCACGGAAAUGACCCCUUCAACAAUAUCCUCAUCCUCUGAGUCUCUGGACCAACAAAUUCAAAACAUAUUAAAUGAUACAGAUUUUUAUAUUCAUAAACAACAACAACAUCAACAACAACAACAAGUCGAAGAAGACAAUCAACAACAACAACAACAACAAAAGCAACAAAAACAAGAUAAAGAUAUGGAAUUAUUACAAAAUCAAAUAGAUAAUCUUUUAAAUCAAGAUGAUGAUGGAGAUUCACCAAUUCUUAGUAUAGAUGCUAUUGAACAAGUUUUAACUACCAUUCCAUUAGAUCCACCAAUAUCAACAUCGUCGUCACUAUCAAACAAUGUCAUUAUAGUACCAUCAGACCUUACAUUUUACGUUUAUAAAAUACUUUCUUGGCUUUGGGAACACGAUCCCAAUUAUUUAACCGAACAAUAUAGCGACCAUACCAUUCAAUAUCUAAAGUCAACUCUAUCGAGUAUCAAGAGUGUCUUGGAUGCCCACGAAAUCUCCUUUUCAAUAUUCCCAAUAGUCCUUUUAUAUGCUAAUCAUUUUGUUCAUAAAUGUGGUAUCAAUCAUAAACAAUUAUUUAAUUUAUUAUUAACAAGUUCAAUAGUAUGUGUUAAAAAUUAUGGAGAGACAGUUAGAGUAGAUUAUAAAGUAUUGGGUAAAUUCUUUAAUUAUACACCAAAACAAUUAUGUGAAAUGGAAAGGUUAUUCUUACGGGGUAUCAAUUAUGAACUAUAUCUAAAGAAUAAUGAAAUCAAAGAGUUUUUAGAUCAAAUUAUAAUUGUUAAUCCAAAUCCAAAUCAAAAUCUUUAUAUAUAA